AUGAAAUUAUUUUUCUAGAAAACAGUAAACUUAGCUAAAGAUACUAAGGAAGAUCCGUUAGUUGCAAGGAAGCGACAAAUUGAAGAGUAAGCGAAGCAGAUGAAAAUUAAUUUUAGAUAGGAAUUUCAAAAAAUGGAGAACAAUAAAUUUUUAGAAAUAGAAUAAGGGGAUCAAGAGAAAUUCGAAUUUAUUGAGCAGAUAGAUUAGAUUUGCCAUUAAAAUUAACUUAAAGUUUAGCAGCUAGUAGAAUUAAAGCGCGUUUAUCAGUAAAUGGUAGAAGAUAAUAAAGAAAAAUUAAGAAAAAACUUUAAAUAAAAUUGGAAUGGAUAAAAUACAUUUACUUUAACAGCUCUAUAAAGCUAGUCUGUUUAAAGGCCUCAAACUUCUUACCAGUGCAAAAAUACAUUCUUUUCUAGGAAUAAUAGUAUUCCAGAUUAUUUUUCUAUUCACUUAAAUAAAGAUUAUGAUGCAGUAAAUUAAAGACUAGAAGAAGUAAAGACUAAAUACGAAUGUAUUUCUGAAGAAAUAUUUAAGGAGGAGCAAAAAUAGUUGGAAAUUUUAAAGAUGUAAGAAGAGCUUGUUGAUAAGGAUAAAAGGCUUAGGGAAAAGCUUUUUAUGACUAAACGAAUGAUAAAGCUUGCUCAAUCAAGGUACUCAAAUGUAGAAAGAAUAGAAUUUCGUGCAGGAGAGAACAAAAAAUAAUUAAAGAGGAAUGUUUUAGAAGCUAACAACAAUUUACUUUAAACACAGUAAAUUGGAGAUGCUUUUUUAGAAAAGAAGAAACAAAUUCAAAAGGAACUUAAAAGAGAGAUUGUAUUGGAAGAAGAUUUGUUUUAACAUAACUUCAUUAAAUUAGAAGAAAAAAAAAUUCAAAAUGAAGAAGUGAAAAAGUAAUUAGAGCAAGUCAUUAUUGAAGAGAAAGAAAAAAUAGAUAGAGAAAACGAAUUUUAUAUAGUAGGAUAGCAUAUAUGGGUUCUAGAGAUUAUACUGAAUAAACUGGAGUAAGAAAAGCUUGGGAAAGAUUUAUAGCUUAAUGAUUAGGUUGUAAGAUAAAGAAAUAAUAAAAGAGAUUAUGGAACUAGAAAUUCUAUGAUGACAGGUACUCCUCUUAAUAAGUUUAAACAUAACAAUGAAUCUCCCUAAACCAAAAGCAGGUCGAAUUCUCUGAUUAAUGUUUUUAGUACUCAUAAAAAUCAAGUUAAAUUGCAAAAUUAAGAUGAUUAAUUUUAAUCUUAAUAACAUAAUUCAAGAAUAAACUAAUCCCCUCCUAAGCUAAGUCGCAAAGAAAUACUCAAUCAGAUAGAAAAAUUUUUUGAUAAAUAUAAUAUAGAGAGAAUUACAGAGGCUAUAAUUAAAGAUUAUAACAGUAAAGAUCUUGAGAAUUAAAUGAAUGAAAUAAUGUAUAAAACAGAAACUUAACAUAAAAUUAGUCUUACACAUGAACUAUUUGAGCUUGAAAGCUAAUUAAAUGAGUUAAAAAAUAAUAAUGAAUUUUUAAAUGAAAACUAAAAUAAUGAUGAUAAGGAGGAUAAAAAUAAUAACCAUACUAUUAUUAAUAAUUUUUUAGAGCAAGACAUAGCAAUGGACGCUGGGAGGCUUAUUUUACCUAAUUAAAGCCUUUAGGAAAUACCAAAUAAAAAUGGAUAAUAAUAAAAUCAAUUUUACUAAACUGUUAAUUAAACAAUUUUCUCAACUGAGGAAUCAUAAAAACUAGAAAAACAUGAGUAGAAGGUUAAGAGGAUAUAGUCAUUUCUUGUUCACCUAUUUUUAAGUGCAAAAGAAUACUUAACGAGACUAAUAUGCAUCACUUAAACUUUAUAAGAUAAGUGUAGUGACAAGUUUUCAUCUAGAAUAAACUCUGUUUUAAAAGAAAUUAGUUUAUUAAUAUUAGGGAAGCUUCCAAAUCAAAUUAUGCCUAAAACAGAAAAAGCACAUAUUGAUCCAAGCGUUUUACUUGAUACAUACUCUUAAAAAUCUUCAUUAUUAAAAUCUCAGCCAUCUAUAAAUUUAGAUGAAAUUGCAGAAGCUAAUUUCAGGAUGAAAAAUAGUUUAAACUCCCUUUCUUAUAUAGAAGAUUUAGAAUUAGUUGAUGUUAUUUCUGAUAUUUAAGAUGAAAAGCUCAGAAAACUCAGCACUGAAUUUUUGGAAAACAUAAAAAAAUCUAGUCUUCUUAAAUACUUUGUUUAAAGUAAUGUAGUUUCUAGUCAACUAAAAAGACUUGCGUAGCUUUAUUUUUAAAAUCCUGAAUAAGCUAUAUAAAAAUUUUAUCAAUUUGAAGAUUUAAAAUAUGCUGCUUAGCUCUAAAUAAGAAUAAGAUUUAGACAAAUGCUUGAUGGAUUCACAAAAUUGUAUUAAUAAAUUUAGAACUGUAAAGAGGAAGGAUAAUUACAUUACAAAGUGAUUUAGUAAAUAAUAAAUAAAGAUAGUGAUUAGGAUUAAGAAAGAAGUAUAAAUGAAUAAAAAGUGCAAAAAGUAGUUAGAUUCAAUUAAGAAUAAUAAAAAAAUAAUACAGAAGAUGAAUAAAAGCUACAAAUAAAAGAAACUAGUAAAAAAAUAAUCGAUAAAAUUUAGUCCUACUAAAAUUCAAAUGAAGAGGAUUAUUUGUAGAAGUUUGAAAAAAUGGAUUUGUUGAAUGAAUAAAGAAGAAUUAAUUAAGAAAUGAUUCAAACAGAGCAAGAAUAAAAAAGCCAAACUAUAAUUAAGAUUAUUUCUUAGAUUUCAGAAAAAAAAACUCAUAAAUAAAGCAGCUCAUAAAAUUAAAAUAUUUCAGAAAAGCAAACAAGCAAUAAGAAGAACGAGAUAUAAAAUGAUUCUGAUUACAUAGAUGAAUAGAGACAGAAUAUAAAAUAAAAAGAUAUUGAUUUAAGAAAUGAUGCAAAUAAAAAAGGAGUCAAAAAGAAAGGCUUCUAUAGCAAAGAGCUAGGCUUUGCAUCUAAACCUAUCGAAGUAUUUGAAAGGAUUUCUAAAACUUACAAUCAAUACUAAAUAGAAGAAAUUAAAAAUGUGAAAUAAGUUGCAACAGAAUCAAGCUUACUUUUUAAGAUUGAUCAACUUGAUAGCUAAUAUGAUGGUUAGUAUGACAAGAAAAUUAGUGGAAAUCUUUAAAAAUAGAAAUAAGAAAGAAUUCUCUUUUUUAAAAAGGAAUUUUAGCAUAAUUUAUCCUAAGGAUACUUAAAACUUAACAAUAUGUACCAUAUGAGGAGAGAAAUGAGUUAAGAUAAAAUAAAAAACCUAAAAAAUAUUUAGCUUGAGAAAAGUAUUAGUUUAUAUUAAAGUAAAUUUGAUUCUAUGAGACCUUCUACAACAAAUUCAAAUUUUAAGACUGGCGGUAGCUAAAUAUCAUCUAUUUACAGUAAAAAGUCAAAUGAAAUGUCAAGAUAAGAAUCAUUUAACAGGAAAAAAAUUAACACUGUAUAACUAGCUUAAUAAAUAAAUGAUAAGCUAAUAAAAUAAGGAUAUUUAAAGAACAACAACAAUUCGACAAAAAACAUCCUAAAUUUUGAUAUUAUGUCUUAGGGAUAAACUGGAGAGACUAAAUCAAUAGACAGUUUUUCAAGAUCUGAUAUUCAACAAAAAGCAUUUAAUAACCAUUAAUAAAAUGAAAAUAAUGACUACUUUAUUGGUAAAUUCAAAGAUUAUGAUACAAUAAAUGAAGAUAACAAGUUUAUAAAAUGA